AUGGCUUUGGAGGAUAUUUGCAGGCUCAAAGAGAUGCUUGCGCAACACAGAUGGUUUUCUUUUGCUCCUCUGGAGGACGCAGACGUGUCAUUUCCUACGAGUGACUAUUACAACCUAAGUUGGUCAAGCCUGAAGGGUGGGAUUCCACUGCAAUUUUUUAUACCACCCUUACCGCACUCUUCCUUUUUCAUCAACAGACCUUUUUCAUCUUUCUGCCCACCCAAACAUUCAGUGAGAGUCCACAGGCCUUUCUCUUUGGCCCAUGGAACGACAACCCUGGGUUUCAUCUUCCAAGGUGGGGUAAUUGCAGCUGCAGACACACGUGCCAGUGCUGGGGGGCUUGUCGCCUGUCCGUUUGUUAAUAAGAUCACUCCUAUUCACUCCCAUCUAGUGGUCACGUCCUCUGGUAGCGGUGCAGACUGCAUGCUGUGGGAGCGAAUUCUGAUUAGAGAGAUUAGAUUGUACCAACUGCGUCAUGGACAUCGCCUUUCAAUACGUGCCACAGCUAAGCUCCUAUCAUCUAUGCUCCAUCCUUUUAAAGGCACUGAAGUGUGUGUGGCUCUUACUCUGUGUGGCUGGGAUAAGCAGGAGGGCACCACUGGCUGUGCAAAGAGUUUGGAAGACUCAUCCUUUACGACUGAUGAUAGCUCCUCAGCUGCUGUUAGUAACCAAAACAUUACAGCAGCAACAGAUUCUGCAUCUUCUAACAGUGGCCCAAAGCUUAUAUAUGUGUGCAGCGAUGGAGCCCGGCUGCAGGGAGAUGUCUUCUCUGUGGGUUCAGGGUCACCUUAUGCUUAUGGCAUCUUGGACAGAGGGCUGAAGUGGAGCCUGAGUAAUGGCGAAGCCAUCUUACUGGCGAGAGAAGCAGUGUUCAGGGCCACUCACAGGGACGCCUACUCGGGGAACAAUGUGGACCUUUUCCACGUCACAGCCCAGGGAUGGAGCCAAAGAAAGAGGGAGGACUUGAAAGAAGAAUAUUACAGAGAUAAGGAGAGGAGGGGAAAGAAAGAAGAGAAAGAGUGA